GCAUUUGAUGUUAACAAUCGUAACUUUGUCAGACUGGGAUCAUUUGAGGAAAAAGUGUAUGUGACAGAAAAGAGUGUCACCGCUACUGCCGAGAUCGAAUCCUCUAGCGAAAACUACAGAGGCUUCGAUAUUCCAAACGAUGUAGCUGAUGUACUCGGUGAUAACGACAAGGUAAUUCACAAAACACCCGAGCAUAUGGCAAGAUCUGGCAAAGAGAUCUGCCUAACUUCGAGUGCAUACUAUGUUGUCAUUGGCAAUGAAAUUGUCAGGCCUAUUUCGAACGGAGGAGAAGUGAAAGUAUACAAUGACGUCGAUCAAGGACAUUGUGCUAGUUUCUGUAGCAAUAAUCAGGGUCCCGACCGUGAAGAGCUUACGUGCAAUUCCUUAAACUAUUUCCCAAUUUCUCGAAAAUGUGAGCUGUACAGUAUCCUUGCCGAGCCGCAUGGUCCUGGAAGUUUGGUCGAGAAUCAA